GACAGCUGCUCUUUGACCCUCUGUUUCUCUUAAUGAAAUGAUUUCAGGUGUUGUGAAGGUGGAUUAUGGCGAUGUGUCAGCCAGGAAAGCGCUGAGAGAAGCCUUGAAGUGCAAACCCUUCUCGUGGUACCUGGAGAACAUCUACCCUGACUCGCAGAUCCCGCGGCGCUACUACUCCCUGGGAGAGAUCAGGAACGUUGACACCAACCAGUGUUUGGACAACAUGGGCCGCAAGGAAAACGAGAAAGUGGGCAUCUUCAACUGCCAUGGCAUGGGAGGGAACCAGGUGUUUUCCUACACGGCAGACAAGGAGAUCCGCACGGAUGAUCUGUGCCUGGACGUGUCGCGGCUCAACGGCCCGGUGACCAUGCUCAAGUGCCACCACAUGCGGGGGAACCAGCUCUGGGAGUACGAUGCUGAGAAGCUCACCCUGAGGCACGUCAACAGCAACCAGUGCCUGGACGGGCCGUCGGAGGAGGACAAGCUGGUCCCCAGCAUGAAGGAGUGUGCGGGCGGCCGGUCCCAGCAGUGGCUGCUGCGCAACAUGACGCUGGGGGCCUGAUGGCCCGGCCCCGCGGCUCCUGCCGACACGCAGCCCUCGGGCCUGCUGGAAACCUCUCACCCCCAGGAGGCCGCGGCCCCGCUGGAAACCACAGCCCUGUUGGAGGCCUCGUGCCCGCAGGUGGCCCGCCGACCAACAGAGCCGUGCUGUGUUGUUCUCCAGCAGGGCUCCACGUGCCCCCUUGAAACCUGUGACUGCUCAAAAGAAGUGCAUCGGAGCUUAUAAAUAUCAAAAUCUGCGCCGUUAGCAACGCGAAUGUCCUCGGUGACUGUUUCAGGAGAAACCUUUGUGAAAUUUGGUGGGAGAGGUUGGGUGGAGUGUGUUGGUGUGUGUGUGGUACAUGGUGCUGCAGAGCAGUGACACGGCACGAAAUGCCUUACGGAGCUGAUGGCACUGGGAACGACGGCCAGUGGUUCUGCAGCCUCCACGUGUUGGUACCUGGCUUUCCUGGCAGGGCGAUGGGAUGUUGGCAGUGGGGAAGCCCUGCAGUCGACAGGCCAGUGAGGCAGCGUGCAGAGUUUCUCAUGUCGAGAGACAGCGGCAUACCCACGUGUGUGUUUGAAACAGCAACAAAAUGGGGCACGUUCGUAAACUGAAAUUGAAUGGAACAACAAAAGAGACAUUGGAACAAUGCUAAGAAGGAGUGACACGCGUUGAAAUCUGCAGUAGGAAGACUGGGUUAGGGUUAGGGCCUGCAAUCUCACACCUGGCAGACUUAAAGGGUUUUUGCUGCUUCCACUCAAUUGGUCCUCUGUGAGAAACAGAGGCCAGGUGUCAGGCUGGACCCAACCUGCUGCUUUUGAGCAUCACUGUGUCCCUGCAUUCUGUGUGAAACGCAGUCAGGAGCGUUCCUCCAGGGAUCCCCUGUCACAGUGGGUAUAACUGUGGGUCGGGUCCAGCUCCAAUAGAGAUGGCAGAUGCUUAUUUAUAUUUUUAAUAAUUUUGUGGCUUAAUCAUUUUGCUUUGUUAGCAUGGUUAUUAAAGAAGCACUGAUGACACGUGGUCAUGUCGGAGGCAUCGCAGGAGCUAAUGUGUCAGCCUGUGGCUGGGUAUGGGAAGGUGACCUGUCCAUGUCAGUAUCAUUUCCGUUGGCCAUCACAGCAGAGAUUCACAUUAUUAUGGGCUAGUAUUCUCAUAUGUAGAUAGUAAAAAUUCGUAGGCCAAUUAUAUUUUCUAGAUACAUAUCAUUACGUGAAAUCUAGAAGCCUGUUCAAUUUGAGAAGUGUUUGCUGCGUGUGCAUGGGAGCUGCCAUGUCACAGCAGCUGGCACGUCCAUCCCGACAGCCCUGCUCAGAGCAGUCUCAGGCACUUCCAGUCUCACCUUAAAAUCCCCCCAGAACUGUUGAGUACGGCUUAAAAGCCAGCAAAACAGAAGACGGCUGUAAUCUUUCUUUGCAGGAACAGCAUACAAACAUCACAAACGUAAACACCAAUCUCCAUGCAGAUUUUCUUUUUUUAAAUUAUUUCUUUAUCUCCUUUCCAAGGGCUGUUCCGGAUGCACAGCCACUUAGGCUGGUGGGUGAUAUAUCCAGAUGCGUGGCUUUUGCUUGUCGUUGCAAAAGUAAAAGUUAUGGGAGGUCCUACAGCAUCCAUGAGCGUUAGGAGUGCGUGCUCAUGGUGCCAGCUGAUGGCUACCUCCAGUGUGACUGUGUCACUGUGUGACAGAGCAUCCCCAGUGCUGAGGUGGUGGCUGCUGCACCUCUUAGAGGCUGUGUUUGCACUGGGACGUUCUCCUGGCAUCGUUGCUUGAAGGUGGUGGUGAGAGGUGCAAGCAGUCUGCAAUUGGCUAGGCUUGAGGUGCAGUCUCAGAGUGGCUGAGGCUGAGAAAUUACAUUCUGACUUAGAAAAAAAGCACUGAAUUUAGCCUCAGGCACAUUGGGUGUUUCUGUUGGCUCGAAUCCCAGACCUACCUCCUUGAUGAAGGGUCAGAUCCUGGAUCUGCAUCCUUUGUGAGAAUGUGGAAAACCCCUAAGUCCUUCCAGAAGAAUUUCACAUAAACCUCACGUGUAGAAUGAGGCGGAAGUGGUGAGGGGCACCUUAAAUGCUGAUACAACAUCAAGGGUAACAAAUUGUGAUGUAGGAAAUGAAUGUAAGUUUCUGAGUGCUUGGACCCCCGUCUUUCCUCCGUCUCCUAAAUUUCUGUGUUUCCUUGGCAAAUAAUUUGAAAUCUCUCCUUCGGUUGUGUUCUCACAAAGAGCAGCACUCAGAGUCACAGAACACAUCUGAUAAGCAUGGUUCUGUUUGGUUCCCCGUUUACAAAAUACCUCUGAAGGGUAUUGGGAGGACUGGCUUCUAUUUGCACAAUGUGUUUAAAAUAAAGAGAACUCUAUGAAUACUAAAUAUAAUUAUUUUAUCAUUUUCACCAGAGAAUUGCUUCUAGACCUUGUGUUAAGAAUUGCACUGAUGAAGUGAGGGCCAGCCAUAGCGCAAGGGGUCAUCAGCACCCUGCGAGCCCAAGGAGACAGGAGAAUCGAGGCACAAGUGGGACCUGAAGCAUUGAGGUGUUGUGAUCUGCCCAGCUAGAUGAGUUUCUCUGCACACAUAUUUCCCAGUCACUAGAAGGAUUUGUUUCUUUGAAGAGCGUUUUGAAGGAGAGCUGUGUGCUUUGCUGCAAAGCUGUGCGUUCUGACUUUGUAUCUGCACCUUCUGGUUGUGUCUGCUGUGGGUGCUGGGCUGAGCCUCCAUGCUCCCUGGGGUUCUGUGCUGUCUAAAAGUCCUUGCAUUCCCCAUGUGGAACGACUUGGGGAGACAAAAGGAGUUGGUGAGCCCCAGUCUGUCCCAGCAGCAGGAGCUGAGCUGGGCUGGUGGUGCUGAGUGGGCACCAGCAACUUCCAUGGCUUUGUGUCAGCGCUGCUUCUUCAACACUUGAUCACUUCCAUCAAGAACCACUGCCCCAACAGGUUACCAGCCCUGUUUAUUUUCUCUUCUCCACAUUCAGGCCAGCUUGGUAAGUGUGCACUGAUGAACACCUGAUAGUUCCUGGGGGGAGCAUUGGGAUUGUGGGGGCUUUGGUGAAGUGGGGGAUGGCACAAGGCAUGGCAGCCUGCAGCCUUGCUUAGCAGCGCUCCUGGAUGAGGGCGAGGGUUAACUUCAAUUUACAAAGGCAGAUUGUGGAUAAAGAAUUGCACAUUUUAAAUGUUGUAACAGUUAUUAAAUGGCAUCCCGGUACUCUUUGCUGUACAUUUAAAUAUUUAUACAUUUUUGUAGAAUUAAAAUAUACUGGUUUAGUUUU